AUGAUGUUGGAUGAGGACCUAGAUGCACUAACGACAAGUUUGCAAAACGAGCGCAAGUGGCGGAAUGUUCAGGUUGUUUUACCAGAGUCAUUUGAACUUGUGGCGCGUGUGCUCACGCAUCAGGCGCAGUUGAUCCAGAAGCUAGAACAUCGCAUCGAAGAAAUGGAUCGUGCCCGGUCGAUCGAAUCUAGUUCAGAUCACGCGGUUGCGUUGGAAGAACGCAUUUGCUCGGAUGUCAGGCGUCGGAUAGUGAAACUGAGAAAGGAGUUUACUGGGAGAGUGGACCAGCAACAGACGAUGAUAGAGCAAAUUAAUGAGGUUCUAGAGACCAAAGACCAGCAACACCAAGAAAGAGUUAGCAAGAGUAAGCAGAUUGAGCAGAACGUCGAGCAGCAGUGCUCUCAGAUACAAGACAAACUGGAGCAGUUGGCCCACAGCACAAAACGUCAACUGAAGGAUCAGGAAUUGCAUUUCAAGUCAGCAUACGCACUGAAUGGAGACAAAUUGGUCCAGCUACGACAAGAGAUUAUCCAGCAGGUGGAAGAUCUAGAGUUAAAGCUGAUGAAGAGUGAAACAAGUAGAGAAGCCGCAGUCCCCGUCAUCAAGGAAGUUACUGUCGCGACACCCGAAAUGCACGAAAAAGAUGUGAACGCUAUUCGAGGAGACAUGGCGCGGGUUUCGCUGAACAUCAAAGAAGCAGAGGCUAGAAUUGAUUAUCAGUGUGCUGCGUUGAGACAGGAGCUCAUGAUGGCUAUUGGAAAGAUGCCAUGUAAGAGUGAGAUUACAAAGCUCCUCAGUCGGAAGAUGGAUGCAAUGGAUGCAUGGAAGCAACUUGCAGAGAAGGCUGAUAGCGCUAGAGUAGAAGAGGUCGCCUGUUCUCUCAUGGACAGUAUCCAACGAUAUCAAGAGAGCACGAUGGGCGACGUGGAUCGGUUAAAACAACUCAAUGAUUCGAAGGCGGACGCUUUGGAACUGGUACAGAUCAAACACAAUAUGCAUAACAUAUUGUCAGUUGCCGAGUCCAUACAGCACGAGUUAAGCGCGCUGCAACGGGAAGUGAACGAGAAAAUGACCGUUGCCGAUGUGAAAGAAUUGCUGGACUCGCAGUCAACCAUGAAUGGAGUACAAGAGGCAAUAAAGCAAAUACAGGCCAUCAUACGACAGCUGCGCAGCGAGAUCUACCAAGCCCGCUACAUCUGGAAAGAUGGCCGCCCCAGCGCAAAGCAAACGAUUCAGUGGAGCGCUCAAGUGGUUAACACAAAUGCUGAUAUUUUCCUAUGGCAAUUCGGCUCCGACGAAGUAAAGUUACUCCUACCUGGGCUUUAUCAUCUACAGGCGGCGUUCUUCACCAACUACUCCCCUGCAAUCCAGGUGCUCGUAAAUGGCGAACCAGCGGUUCUCAUGCGAUCAUCAAACGACAAGAAAGUGGCGACAUGUUCGGCUUCGUGUGAGGUUCAGCGUCUUCACCAUAGUGCUGGGAAUGUUGCAGGCCUAUCGGUUGAAGUUUUUCUGGCACUACCUGCGAGAGCGCUAGUGGCUAUUUCCUACGAUAUUGACGAGAAAGCGCAAGGCUUUUUGAACUUGCGAAAGCUAUAA